AUGCUGGUGGACCUGUUGAUGGUCUCUCCAGAGUCUGCUAGGGCUGAGACAGUCCAGUGUCGCGGAUCGUACGUACGCCUGCAAUGGGUACGUGAUAUAUAUCAGCGCCGAUGCCAGGCAGGUCAUUGGACAGCUGCGGCUCGCGCAUAUCUUCUUCACCUACUGGGUUGCACUCUGUUUGCUAACAAGAGUGCAACCAAUGUCCAUGUUGUCUACUUGGAGGCCCUUCGUGACCUCAGUAUGACAGAGAGGUACGCUUGGGGAGUGGCUGCUUUGUGCUGGAUUUACGAGCACUUUCCCUCGGUCGCGGAGUCCACCGCUGAUCAAGACUACGACGAGGCUUUUCCGCGUGCGUGCAGGUGGAUUGCGACGAAGAAGACCGUGAAGAGCAUUCGCACGCCGUUGUACAAGGAGCGCCUGGACCGACUCCAGAUUCUGGAUGUCUGGCUUGUUGCUGUUUAUUACCGACCGGAGAGGGUCGUGCGGCAGUUUGGCUACACGAAGACCAUUCCUGCUCCUCCUGUCGAUUCAUGGGUCUUGUAUGAUGAUAUACACGACAGUUGGAUGCACUACGAGGAUCAUAUCAUACUUGCAGGUGAGGUGUGCGUUGUGCCAGGGGCGUGUUCUAGUGACUACAUCGACUGGUUCUUCCGCAUUUCCCAUCCUUUCAUGACACCAUGCCACGCAUUAGAUCCUCUGCCUCAUGGUCACGCCCCGCAGCCUCGAGUCAUCCGUCAGGCCCCGCAGACAGAUAUCCCUCGCGUGCCGGAGCCAGGAGCAUCGUCGACAUCUGCGGAGGAGCCCAGACAUGCAGUGGAAGUUUGUGAUGACAUUGCUGAGAGGUUGGAGCGCCAUCUGAGUCUAAGGGUGGUCACGCCUAGGUCAUCAACACAUGAGGUGAUCGAAGAAUGCCUCAGAUUGGCCAGGAGUGUGACACAUGACCAUCUUGUAUACGUUAGGUGUAGACACAGGCGACGCACUGAUCAGGCGUAG